ACAAAUUGGGGUCCUUUCUUGCGAAAGGCUAGCUGUCGAAACGGUGUUACGAGUCACAUUGUUUUACACAACUGUGAUAAAUUGUCAAAAAUAACACCAAUAUAUGUCGAUUAGAUUGUUUGGGGAAUGUUAAAAAAAUCGAAGUUUCUCUCGGUUUCGUUAUUUACGCCCUAACUGGCCCAGUAGUUUUGUUUUUGAACGUCGAAGGGUGUGUUUUUUUCGUUCGCCGUCAACAGCAGUAGCGUUAGCGAAGCAUUCAAGCUAGCGUUGUAAAAACCCACGUAAUUCUGACAUUUAGCCAAACAAAAUAAGAGGGAGGCGUUGAUGAGCAGCAAUGUCUGGCAUCGCUCUUAGCAGACUGUCCCAGGAGCGCAAAGCCUGGAGAAAAGACCACCCAUUUGGUUUCGUUGCUGUGCCCACUAAGAAUCCUGAUGGAACCAUGAACCUGAUGAACUGGGAGUGUGCCAUCCCAGGGAAGAAAGGAACCUUGUGGGAGGGAGGACUCUAUAAACUCAGAAUGCUGUUCAAAGAUGACUACCCUUCCUCACCACCCAAAUGCAAGUUUGAGCCCCCAAUAUUCCACCCAAAUGUCUACCCAUCCGGCACUGUGUGUCUGUCCAUCCUGGAGGAGGACAAAGACUGGAGGCCUGCCAUCACCAUCAAACAGAUCCUGUUGGGUAUCCAGGAGCUGCUGAAUGAGCCCAACAUCCAAGACCCAGCACAAGCAGAGGCAUACACAAUUUACUGUCAGAACAGGAUGGACUACGAGAAGCGGGUAAGGGCGCAGGCUAAGAAGUUUGCCCCCACAUAGAGAGGAGCGCCGGCCUCUAUCCCGCCUGAGCUGACGGAGGUUACAAACAGGAGGCAGGCAGCACCUGAUGGACCACUCCAAUAAGAAUCCAGUUUUGAGUAUUCUCAUACUACUACACGGGCGACACGAGAGCCUGGUUUUUCUUUUUUUCUUUCUUUUUUUCUUUUUUUUUUAAACAACAAGCUCAAUAAGGUCAUAAUUUUACCCUCUUCAAUAAAUAUUUAUGCAUUUUUAAUGCAUAGCUGAUGAUCCUAGAACUCUGCUGUCAACACGACGUUUGUUAUUUGUAACUUGUAUAAUCCAUAUCUCCAGUUUUGUCAUGAGUGACGUUAAGCUCACUCACGCCUCCAUUAAUUCUGUAAUAAUGUAUCAACAGAGCUGUAGAAAUAAGAUGUCCAAACCACUCUGUGUGUAGUUCAGUCGGGUGUGGCAGAGGAGGAGAUUUCGUUUAUUGUUAAACUUCCAGUUUUUUUUGUGUUUUUUUUCUUCUUCUUUUUUUCUUUUUUUUUUCUAUAUCAAACCCCCAGAAGUAUUGUAGAUAGUGUUUCACGAUUACGGGCAUGAACUGGGACAAAGCAGUCAGACGCACGGUGGAAGUCAAACCUCCCAUUGUUCUCCUGACGCCUUCUUCUGUUCCUAUCACAUAUCCCUCACAUCUGAGUUUCCAGGAAAAGCGUCAAAAGAAUACAGUCAACACGUCAAAUUCAGGUAAAAGACAAUCCUGGCCCUUGUGUGAUGGUUGUAAGCUAAAUCGUGGCAAUUAUGUUGGCAGGAAGUGGUGCUCUGUCCACUCAGAGAAGGGAAGCGUUACAGGAGGGAAACGGGUCAGGGCCUCGCUUCUACCAAUGUCUUUAAAUCAUCCUUUCAUUGCAGCGGAGCGAAGAUAACUUUAGUGUCCGGAUUCUGUUUGUGAAGCCAACUGGGAGAGAAACUAUUAGUCGGUUACAUUGUUGGACGUCAUGAACAUUCAACACCAAUGCUCCAUCUGCUUCCCAACCUGCUAUAGUACGAGACAGAGUUGCAUUGUAAAAGUAACAAAAACGGUUGCUACGCGUGUUCGUUUCGGCGCUCGAUCCGUUUAAAAAUAGCAACACUUUGGGUUAUUUUCUCCCACAAUGAAUACAAAGUCGAAUACAAACCUGUACAAAUCAAAAAGCUGUUAAAUCUUCAAGUCGAUCUGGCGUCAGAAGCUGAAGGAUCCUCAUUGGAAUGGCCUCUCAACCAGCAAGGAAGACAAAUGAAAGUGCACUUGAGAGUAAGCGAAGGCCUGAGAAUUGUUUUGCCUCUAAAUAUACGAGUGCAUGUACAUAAUAUAAAUACUGAAAAAAAUUGUGGAAGUUAUGUUUUAUAUUGUUUUAGCCAGUUGACAUUUGUGUGUGGUAUUAUGACAAAGAACACAAUAAAUGGCAUAAAGUUGUGAAAUAAAGUUGAAUAAAAGAAGCAAAUGUUA